AUUUACGAAAGACUGCUUGAGGUCUUUCCAACUUCUGGUAGGCAUUGGCUUGCUUAUGCAAACCAGUAUGUGGCUGACAAUGACAAAAAGAAAGCGAUAGAAGUACUGAAACGUGGUCUUCCACACUGUCCUCAUGUGGACCUCUGGCGAUCGUACCUUACUCAUUUUACAUCGGUCACCAUGCAGUCGACCAAAGACAAUUCUGAAGUUCUAAAGGCAUUUGAAAGAGCCGUUGACGCUGUCGGCCAAGAUAUUUCAUCGAACUCAUUAUGGAGCGAGUACAUCGCAUUCUUACGCAGCUGUAAGGUGUCGAACCAAUAUGAAAAUACUCAACGGAUGAAUCAGCUUCGAAGAGCAUACCAUCGAUGUUUGCAAGUACCGAUGCAUUCUGUGGACAAGUUAUGGACGGAAUAUGAACAGUGGGAAAAGACAUUGGAUCCAAACAAUUUGCAGAUGGCGGAGCAAAUUAUUCGUGAUCUCGAACCCAAGCAUAAAGCAGCAAGAGUGGCAUACAAGGAGAGGAAGAAGCUGAGGGAUGCAGUUCAGAAUCCUCAGUUUCCUGGUCCGUACACAGGCGAAAAUAAGGAGAAACAAAAUCUCAAAGCCUGGCAAGAGCUUAUCUCUUUUGAGCGUUCGAAUCCUCAGAAGAUGCCUUCGGAAGACCUCAGGAAACGAGUUGCGUUCACCUUCAAUCAGUGUUUGUCGUAUUUACCUCUAUAUCCAGAAAUCUGGUACGAAGCGGGAAACUGGCAUGGAGAGAUCGGAGACUUGAGUGGAGAAAUAAAAACGUUGGAGAAGGGGAUUUUGAUGAUUCCGAACAGUUUGUUGCUUCAUUUCGCUUUGGCAGAAAAACAUGAAAUGCGUGGCAACAUUACAGAGGCUAAAAAUGUAUAUGAAAACUUGUGUGAAUUGCAACCUUCCCCGCUGGUUUUUAUUCACUACAUGAGAUUUGCUCGACGGUCGGAAAGUGUUCAGGCAGCUCGCACCAUCUUCAAGAAGGCACGCAAGAGUGCGCAGGGAUGUAGCUGGCAUGUGUACUGCGAUGCAGCACUUAGAGAGUACUACUCGAACAAGGAUGCUCAGGUCGCUCGGAAUAUUUUUGAAAUGGGACUCAAACACUAUUCAUGCGAAGUUGAAUUUGUGUUGCAGUAUUUGGAUUUCUUGGCUUCUUUCAAUGACGACAACAAUACAAGGGUUGUUUUUGAGAAAGUGCUUGCCGAUGAGAACAGUCUUGAUCGCCAGCAAGCGCUUUUGAUAUGGGACCGCUUCGUGGAUUUUGAGUAUUCUCGAGGCGACUUGUCAGCGAUACACAAGUUGGAGCAGAGACGGGCUAUGAUUUAUCCAGAGAGACAAGGCAGCCAAAGUCUUGCGCAGCUUGCGUGCAGGUUUCGCUUUUCGAACCUUUGGCCGUGUAGCUCUAUCGAAAGAGAUCUUUUGGGAAUUCAG